UUCUUGGAGGGGGAGGACUGUGUAGCACCAUGGGCUUGGUUAAAGGUACAGUUUAGGCAAAGGUACUCCCACACUAAAGUUGGUUAAAGGUACAGUUACUCCCACACUAAAGCUGGUGGCCUCAUUACUUGAUUGGAAAGUAUGCCUGGCAUAUUAACAGUCUGUGAUUAAUGCACAUACUGUACUGUAGUUACCUUCGGCUUUGUCCUUUUUGCUAUUGUUGAAUACCUCAUCAAACACCUUACAUAUACAGUGCCGUCUAUAGGACUCUAAUGCUAUGUGUUGCAGUUUUACUUGGUAGCUUGGUAGAACUAUCAUACCACAUCAACACCCUGCACAUAGCUAAGGGUAUAUUAUCCCACUCGUACUGUUGUCAUCUCACCCUUUGUAGCAAAAGUGUGUGUUCCUCAUGUGAAAUGGAAACUUGCCGGUCUUAAAACCCAUGCAUAUAAGUGUGUCAAAGUUUUUGUACUUCUAUCAAACAAAUCCACGAGGGCUUUCCUGUGAUGAUUGACAGGUGAAAACAUAAGACGGCUCGUCUUGCAUGUGCACCUGUCACAUAUGAUCCCUCCUGGAGUACAACCAUCAGCCUUGGGAGAGUCUUGUUCCAGAACUGUGGUCUAGCCCAUCAGUGCUGAGAACCAGCAGAGGACACCGAGCCAUAGGAACUAUAUGAUCACACGCCUCUCUCCUGGGAGAAUAGCACAUUGGACUGCUCAUUUCAACCGUCUGACGAGUUUGGAUACAGGAAAUAAUGAAGCUUGAUCCUCUCUGUAACGUACCUACAUCGGAGGCCACCAGAAGCUACAGCUUCAUCAGUAGUGAAGGACAGCGCUGUGUGGCAUGGAGGAGGUACGACGGGACGUUGUACGUCACCACCGAGGCUGAAGAGUUUCUUGACCCGGUGGUCAAAGCCAUUAAAACUGAUGCUGUGGACAGUCUGAGGGAGAUGGUAAAGAGAGGCACUCCCCUGACAGAGAGGAAUAAGCUGGGGUGGUUACCUCUGCAUGAGGCUGCGGUGCACGGUACAAAGGAAUGCCUCGAUAUCUUACUGAAGGCCAAUCCAGAGGUCAUUGACAGAUGCACACUGAAGCAACAGACCCCUCUCUUCCUGGCGGUGGUGGUUGACAAUAUGAUCUGUGUGCAGUCCCUUCUGGAAAGGGGAGCUAACCCCAACAUUGCUGAUAAGGACAAGGAAACCCCUCUCUACAAAGCUUGUGAAGGAGAUCAUUGUGAGAUUGUGGCCCUGCUACUGGACUUUGGUGCCAGGGUGAACCAGCAGUGUAUCCAGGGCUGGACAGCCCUCCAUGAGGCCGUGAGUCGGAACAACGUGGAGAUCUGUGAGAUGCUGGUGAAGGCUGGAGCCGAGUUAAGUUACGCCAACAUCUACGGCAUCUCUGCCCUCUUCGUGGCAGCCCAAAGUGGACACGUCCAAGCUAUGACUUUCCUCAUGAACAAUGGUGCCGAUAUCAACUCCUGUGCUCAUGAUGGGGCCACAGCUCUCUAUGAGGCGUGUAAGAAUGGCCACGGGGACCUUGUGGAGCUCUUGCUUUCACAGAGAGCAGACGCAAACAAACCAACCAAAGCCGGCCUCAUGCCCAUUCAUAUCGCUGCUCAGCGCGGAUACCAUAAGAUUGUAUCCAUGCUCGUUCCUUUCACCUGCAAGUCUAACGUCCGUCUCAGCGGCAUCAGUCCCCUUCAUCUGGCCGCCGAACACAACAACGACGACGCCCUGGAGAUCCUGAUCGAGGCCGGCUUCGACGUCGACGCCAGACUGUCCGAAGACCGCUCCGCGAUGCACCCGGACCGGCGAGUCACGGCGCUCUACUUCGCCGUCGCCAACGGCAACGUCGACGCGGCCGCUAUGCUGCUGGAGGCCGCGGCUGACCCCAACCUGGACACCUUUAGCCCUCUACUGGUCGCCGUGCGGCAAGGCUGCGUCCGGAUGGCGUGUCUGCUGGUGGAGCACGGGGCGGACGUCAAUGCCGACCUCCCGACCCGCCCCACCUCCUUCCCUGCCGCCGUCCUCUUCUGCAUCAAGCACCUGUCCUUGCUCAAGUACCUGAUGGAUAACGGCUGCAAUGCGAUGGCCUGUUUCCAAUGUGACCACGGCAUCAAACCGCACCCACCCAUGAAUGCUGAUUCUAAGGAUGACCUCGGUCUAAGCCAUGAGGAGCCUGGAGUACAGUUCUGUGACAUCAUAUCCAGUCCCUCUGUCUGCCGCUGGGCAGGACCAAUCAUAGACGUGCUGCUAGACUAUGUGGGGAACGUCCAGCUGUGCUCCAAACUCACUGAACAUCUGGACAGCUAUGAACACUGGGUGCACAUAAAAGAAAAGUCAGUGCCUCCGCGUAGUUUGAAGCAGCUGUGCAGGCUGAAGAUUCGACAGCAAGUGGGAAUCAAAAGACUGAAGAGCAUAGUCACCCUGCCUCUUCCCCCACGACUGAUCAACUUUCUGAACCAUGAUGAGUAGCUCUGGAAGUCACACUGGGGUUUCAACUCUGUUCUUAAAUCUGAGGAAUCUGAGGAAUGUACAGUACCGUGCUGUAAAGGAUUCAUUAUUUGGUCGUUGUCACAUACAAUGGAUCAAUUCAUG